UAACAGUAAAAAGUACAUGUACUUGUAUAUAUUUAUGUAUAACUUAAUUUGAUAUGACCAGUUGAUAAGAUAUUUCAAGAUAAUAGCAGUUUUGACACUUAAGCAUAUUGUGUAUAUCUUUUUUGAUAAACAUUCUUUUUUUCUUUACCAAAAAAGUUUAGACUUAAUGUUUUUCAAUUUUAUGCGUUGUACCUUUCCAGACUCAAUGGCUUCAACUUCAGGCAGGGCAUCCUCCUCUCCACAGUCAGUUCAAUCCUCUCAACCUGCAGCCUCACUUUCACAACCAUCAUCUGCUGAUACUUCAUCGCCUUCCCUGAGCUGCUCCCCAGUUUUGCCAACCUGGGUUGACAGUUGUCAGAUACCGUGGCAGAAGCUUCCAGAAGAGCUGAUACAGACUUUGGAACGACAGAAAAGGCCAAGUGCACGACUUCGAAGACAAAUGGUGAGGAUUAUUGUCUCUGAAAUGAUGCUGAUUUGCAAGAAUCCUACCAAACGCGACACUACUGAAAUAGCAGAAAGGAUGGUGAGCAGGUAUCCAAAGUCACUUAAGGACAUCAUUGAUGGUGAUGUUAUUGGACUUGGUUAUCAUUCCCUGGUAAAACAACUCCAGGCAAGAAUUGAAAAUGUCAAACGACAAGACACACCAAAGAUAACUAAACGCAAGGCGGAAUCAGAUAAUGACACUGAUGAGAUACCUGCUGAGCAGAAAGCCAGUGUUCAAGACACGUAUGGCUGUGUCAACUGGGCGCCAAAGUUUUUGCCCCUUUCUGAGACAGUAGAGAGUCAGCUUAAGAAAAAAUAAGACAUGAAAAAGAUGUUCAAAGACAAAAAAUAUGCUGCAGAAGAUGUGAAAGAACUUAUCAAGUCCACCUAUUACACGCAACGAAAGGACAUCAAUAAAGGUACAAGCAUCCUGACGCUAUGCCAAGAAAGGCCUUUUUUGUUCCAUGAAACUGGCAUGGAAGAACACUUCCAGCAACUUACUGGCAUCAGUCUGACGGAAGCCUUCUUCACCAAUCUGGACAAAAAGGCGGAGCGCAUCCUCAACUCUCUCUUCAAGUUAGCAAGUGAAAAAGGUCAAUCCAGUGGUUGUACAGAGAUGAUUCUUCUUCUACUUGCUUUUUUUGGUGAGAAGGAAGAGCAAAUGUUCCACUAUGUUGAGAAGACCAGCCUUGCUGAAGAGGUUGAGAUGGAGGAUGUGCCAGCAACACCCUGCCUUAUUGUGUGUGGGUCCUCUUGCUUCACUGCGGACUGCUUCAUGUUGAGUAUUGAUCAGAAGAUUAUCAAUGACCACAUCACUGCCUUCUCCUGUGCCAUCUGCCUGAUGUUUGGCAGUUACUACUGUUUUAAUAUACACUACCUAGUGGGACUGCGGUCAACACUGGAGUUCCUCCAGAGGUGUUUAUUUUCAAUUAAUCCAGAGAGAGGAACAAAAGUUGAGCAUAGCAAGAGGAGGAAGAUCUUUGCGGUCAACCCAAGAGUCCUCACACUCAUCGCUGACCUUGCAGACCAUGAGUGGACUUAGACCAUACUUUGAGAGUCAUGUGAU